CCCGUAAGUCCUGAGGGGUUUCGUCUUCCUCUGGCUGUGGUUGACGAAAUGCCCGUAAAUCCUGAGGGGUUUCGUCUUCCUCUGGUUGUGGUUGACGAAAUGGCUACAUAUCGUAGCGAUCUUAGAUUAUCCGAAAAAAGUUUCGGGUUAAAAAUAAAGAGCGUUUCUCAAUUUUAUUCUAAAACUUUGCUUACUAUACGUAUUUCUUCUUUAGCAUAUGUCGAACAAUUAAAAGAACUUAUAUCAGACAAAAACUUUAACGCUGUCAAGUUUUAUAAAAAUUUAAAUUUCCCUUUCGCUCGAAAGAAAGAGGCAGAAGAAGUCUUAUACGAAUCAUUGAAAAUUAUCGCAUCCGAAAAUAACGUGAAAGCUCGGAAACUGUUGGCAAAUUUUGACAAACUUAUCAACGCCAACUCAGUAGUGACCUACUGGGACG